UAUAGCGGUUGUCGUCUAACGGCAGUUUUGAGUCGAGAAAAUCGCCUUCCCCCGGUCCGGGUGAACGCUCCACACGUAUUCCUGCGCAUUGUUUGCAAGCACUCGCGCAAAACGGGAAUUUUAUGAUGGAAAACUGGUUUUUGGUGCAAUAUAUUAUUGUUAUUGUUUAAGUGAGUUUAGAAAUAAUUCGGAAUUAUCUACUUUGUCAGUCAUUGUACAGCAGAAAUGGAGCCUCCAGGCUUAGAAGCAGGGAUGGAGUUCCCGAAAAACCCUUUGCUCUGUCCAAUAUGCCACGACUAUUUCACUGAGCCCUGUAUCUUGAGUUGUUAUCACACGUUCUGUGCCAGAUGCUUAAGAGGCCGGGAACAAGAUCGGAAGCUGAUUUGUCCCUUUUGCCGGCAACCUACUAUGCUGAAAGACGGCACAUUCUUGCCCCCGCCUGACACUCUAAUGAGGCAACUAAUUGAUAUUGCUAAUAGCGAAAAUCCCCCGUGCUGCAACUGCGACAAGCGUGAUAGAGCCAAUAUGUUCUACUGCAAUACUUGCUGCCAAUCGCUCUGUAUGGUAUGCCGAGACACUACACAUCGAGCGAAAAUGUUCUCUAGCCAUGAAGUGGUUCAUAUGACAAAGUGCCAAAAGGAACCUAAGAGAUGCCCUCAACAUGGAGAGCACUACAUCAUGUUCUCUCCUCUCCAAAAUUUAAUGCUUUGCGUCAAUUGCUUUCGAGACCUUCCCAACGAAGUCAGGACUCAAUGCGUCGACAUUGAUACCGCUCAUACUCAUGCCUCAAAGCGGCUAGAAAGGGGACAAAACGCCAUAAUGGACUUGCAGACGUCGGUUCGUGAUGGGAUAAUCGCUCUAAAGGGGCUAAUGGACGAGCUUCGGCGGAAUAUGGACGCAGAAAAGCACACGAUCAAUACAUUUUGCCAAGGAAUGCAAGAAGCGAUGUCGAAAACGCACGCUGCAAUGAUAAUGGAAGUUCAAAGACAAUAUGAUAGCAAAGAGAGAGUUUACAGGAGCCAGUUGCUACUUCUAGGUACUGUAAUGCCUGUUCUACAAUUGCACCUGGUUUUAUGUACUACAUUUACUGCUGCCGCCAACAAGUACCAAUUUCUCGAGUUGUGCCCUUCACUCGUUGAACGAUUGGCUGCCGUAGGAAACCUUAGCCAACCAGUACGGUCGCUCCAGUCGUCUCAAAUCAAAACGAAUUACCGCAGCGAGUUUGCCCAAUGUUUAGAGCCCUGGAUUGGAGCCGCCGCUGUGUCCCAACAUCAGUCCGAACUAGCUGCAAUUUAUCUUGCAGCGUCGCGAAUCUACGACACAGCUCCUCCAGCCACGAAAAAGCAGCAAACUUCGUUGAAAUCGAAAAUUAUGGAAGGUGAUUCGUCGUUUUCUGCUCACUGCCGAUCCUUUGAGUCACAGAUCAGGGAAUUGAAUCAGCAGUUUAAUAAAGUCAAGGAAAAAGUGGGCGAACUUCACAAAGACAUAAAUGCUAUAAGGAAGGCCCAAACGCCGCCACUCACCGCCAGAUACGAGCUGCUCAUACGAGAGUGUCUUCAUUUGGAUCAGACUCUCGAAAGACAACAGCAGGAAUUAGAUCGGAUGGCUUCAGCUUUCGAUCAGUCAUGGGAGGAGCAGCUAUGGAGGUUGCGAGUGGAGCAGGAAGUUUUCAGCUGCCAGAGGGCCGAUGUUAACACUUUAAGGAAUGAAUUGAAACACUUAAGCCAGGUAGCCACUCAGUUGGAACCGUACAUUAGAACUCUAACUCCAGUGCCAUCAAGCGGUUUAGGCCAAUCUUCAAGUCAAGCAGAGCCGGCCCAACACGCUGGAGGACAAGCUCAACAGUUGGCCAAUUUAUUAGAGCAUAUUGGUAUAAUCCAGCAAACCGACAGCGCCAUGGGCAAAAUUCCCCGAUCUAGAAGCCGAGUUCUCGGACAGUUGCUAGAAAAAGUCCGCCCCAACAUGCAGGAAAGGGAGCGAAGUAAAUCAGCAGGCCACGCAGAAAAGCCGCCAAGCACUCCUAGUAUUCAAAAAACGCCAAAAAAGUCCUUUUGCAACAACUCGGCUCAGAUGAACGUUGAAAGCGUUUCAAAGUUCGAGGCCCAAAUCAGAGAAAAGCUUCACGACAUCAUGUGUCGGAGACAAAGUCAGCCUUCUUCAAAAUCCGACACUGAAAUGGACAAGAAAUUGAAGCAAGAUGAGCGCAAGUUUAGCAAAGGCGACGGCGAUGGAAUCGGCAAAUUGUCCAUGAAGCAACGCAUUCUCUACAAGAAAAUUGGCAAAAGCUGCGACAAAAUCAAUGCAAUGGCCGAAAAGAAGUGCAGAUCGGUGGAGUCGGAGUACCAGAGAAUUUCAGAUGCGACCUCUCAAAAAUCAUUGCAUGAAACCAGUCGGUCUAGCCCCAGCAGUCCCAAGUGCAAAAAUAAGAACAAAAAUCAACAGGGAAAGUCCAAGAAGAAGGUUUAUCCCUACAGCGAUGGCGAAGACAACAUAUUUUACUCUCUGCACGAUUCAGCAGACUCGUUGUCCACUUCAUCUAGACGCUCAAGUCCUGAUGCUGCCGCUACGGGAGAUGGCACCGGUCCUGACAAAACUUUGGUGGUUGUUAUCAAUCGCAGACAGAAAGGGGCACCACAGACUUUGGCCCAAAAACAGCGAAGUUGGGAAACGUUUCCUCCGAAGCACAAGCGGCAUCACGUCUGUCAAGCGAAAUUGAGCGCUCCUACUCCAGGGCCUCUGAAAAAGACUGAUAGUUUUGAAGGACACGAGGAAGCAGUUCGCAGCCUGGUGGCCGCUGUGCAGGAAACACGCAGGAAACCGAAGGGUAACAAUUAACAGCAGUUUACACAGGAAAAGGUGUCCGAGUACACAGGAUUCUUGAUGUUGGCAGCCUAUUUAAACCGGAGACAGGUAAACUGAUUCCGAAAAUGGCAAAAUUAAUUAAUAACGUCUGUUCUGAUAGCGGGUUUUGAACUGGAUUAAAUAAAACUUUUCCUUCAGUUCCAAACCAGAAUCACUUCAGAACACGUCGUGUUUUAUUGAUAUUAACACACGGGUGUAUCGAAAUUGAAAAAAGAGGUUUAAAACGCAUUUCAAGCUCGGAUUUUGGCAAUUUUAUUCGACUUUGACGCGUAGAAUGUUAUCAAUUUACCCAAGAUUCCAGUCUGAAGGUUUUUACAGCGUUUCAAACACGACCAUUGCAAAUGAAAAGUAUUAACUAGUAUACUAAUUUACCGAAAAAUACGUUCGCUACUCAAUGGAUUUGAGGUAUGAAAUGAAGCUUCAAAUAGAGCUAAAAAUGUUUCGCCAGCUUGAAAGUGGAAGAUAAUCAUUUUAAGAGUUUAAAACACGUAUAUUUAGUCAUUUAAUAUCUAGGCAAUUUUAAGCUGACAAUUUACAGGGUGAUAGGAAUUAAACCCCCGCCAUGUAAUCGUUGUUCCAUGUAUCAGUCGUUAGGAAAAUAAGCACGAACUGGAAAUGUUUUUUGCUGUGUGAAUAUUAUAUCGUAUCUACAGCAAAACUGAUUUCCUUUUCUAUUUAACCAUCACUUCAGUUAGUGCCAAUUCGUCACUACAACGUACACCGAGUUAGUUUUCAAGCAAUUUCAAUAAAAUCGUAGAUAGAUAAUUAAAAUUUACAAGUUAUACACCGACUUUUUGCUAAACUAAAUAAGACGUAAUGUAGUUCGCACAAAUUUAUCGAACUUAAACGUUUCUCUUGAAUUUAGAAACAUUUCGUCCUUAGAUAGUCAAUAUGUUCUUAAAUCAAAUUAUCUAUUUAUUUAUUUAGGGUUUUUUUCAUACAAAUGUUACAAUUUUGUUCAUUUGAACAGACCCCGAACUCGGUAAGUGAGAUGUUUGUCCUACAAUUUUUUGUAUUUGGAAAUCGCAAUUUAUUAAUGUGUUGUUUGUGUUGUGAUUUUUAAUACUCUCGAAAGUGUGAGACUUACGUUGAGACCCGAAAGUAUCAAUUUACUCUGAAGUAGACUCUCGAGUAGUAAAGCAUGAUUUAGACAUGAGUGUAAUCAAUAUGGUUACACUAAGAAUGCAGAGCGAAAAUUGAUAUAUUUAUUCAGGUUUUAAAUAAGAGAAAGCUACUAUGGAAUUGGUAUAAAAAUGCAGGGCAGUUUCUGUCAAUUUACUGUUUAAAUAACCAGAUAAUUUAUAUUUAUUGAGUAUCUACAGUGAAAGUUACAGGUAAUAACUCAGCAUUUGUUAUCAAACACGUAUAUUAUUGCGCCUUUAUGUAGGUAUUUAUAUAUUAUUAUGUGAAUUAUUCUAAGUAUAUUGUUGAUGAAAUCGCAAAAUAAAUGUUGAACGUUU